UGUUGCCAUAGAAACUGGUGUUGAUUGGCUGGUCUGGAGUUUGAUGUUUGCAGGAGCUCGCUGAUGCUGCAGUUCAUCGUAACCUUCACGUUUGCAGACGUCAGCGUUGGGACCAGGCUGUGAGGAGAGGUCUGUUUCUGGCUCGCUGACAGACACAUCUGGAUUAGCGCGUCACGUCUCCGCGCUCGGUAUUUUUAACCGGCUUUAAAGAGUCUCUCAGCAGAGAAGCGGCGCGUCUUCAGAGCAGAGCGGGCGUUAAACGGAGCCGCAGGUGGAGAAUCGUUCAUUCAUGACUCUUUAGACGCUCGGGAAGCCGCUAUGUCUGUGCAAAACCCGCUUCAGGUGGUGAACAUCCCCUGGAGGAACAACAACUUCAGCCUGAUGAGCCGCGACCCGCCGCUGUCCGAUCAGGGAGAGACGAUCAUCGGCGUCUACCUGCUCAUCCUGGGUUGGUUGUCGUGGUUUGGCAACAGCAUCGUGAUCUUCAUUCUGUUCAAGCAGAGAUCGUGUCUCCAGCCCACAGACUAUCUGACGCUCAACCUCGCUGUUUCUGACGCCAGCAUCUCCGUGUUCGGAUACUCCCGAGGAAUCCUCGAGAUCUUCAACAUCUUCAGGGAUAACGGAUACCUCAUCACCUCUGUGUGGACCUGCCAGGUGGACGGCUUCUUCACGCUGGUCUUCGGUCUGGGCAGCAUCAACACACUGACCGUCAUCAGCAUCAGCAGAUAUAUCAAGGGCUGUCACCCCAAUAAAGCUCACUGCAUCACCAACGCCACCGUGCUCACAUCAGUCAUCUUCAUCUGGACAGGAGCCCUGUUCUGGUCUGGAGCCCCGGUCCUCGGCUGGGGAAGCUACACAGAUCGUGGAUAUGGCACCUGUGAGAUCGACUGGGUCAAAGCCAACUACUCCACCAUCCACAAGUCCUACAUCAUCUCCAUCCUCAUCUUCUGCUUCUUCAUCCCCGUGCUGAUCAUGCUGUUCUCGUACGUCUCCAUCAUCAACACGGUGAAGCGAGGAAACGCCAUGUCAGCCGAAGGAGAUCUGACCGACAGACAGCGCAAGAUCGAGAGAGACGUCACCAUCGUGUCUAUAGUGAUCUGCACGGCGUUCAUCCUGGCCUGGUCUCCGUACGCGGUCGUGUCCAUGUGGUCAGCCUGGGGUUUCCACGUGCCCAGUCUCACCAGCAUCUUCACGCGGCUCUUCGCCAAAUCCGCCAGCUUCUACAACCCUCUGAUCUACUUCGGCCUGAGCUCCAAGUUCCGGCGAGACGUGAGCGUGCUGCUGCCCUGCGGCGGCGAGGCCAAAGACGCCGUCAAGCUCAAGCGCUUCAAGAAGAUCAAGGCCAAGGCGGACGGCCAGAGAUUCAGAGCCGAGGAGAACCACCAGUUACACAAGAACCAGAAAAAACACCCUCCGGCAAACCCCGCCCCCAGCCCUGACUCAGGUGUGGGCAGUCACCUGGAGACUCCGCCCCCUGCUGUUAAACAGGUGUUCUUCAUCGACGUGCCCGAGCCGUCAGACACGCCCGAGUCCGAGUGCGUCAGACUGUAGAUCAACACUGUCAUUUUUAUUAAUCGCAUCCAAAAUAAAAGUUUUUCUUUAUAUAAUAUGUGACCCUGGAGCACAAAACCAGUCAUAUUUGUCAAAAUUAUGGAUUUUUCUUUUAUGCCAAAAAUCAUUAGGAUAUUAAGUAAAGAUCAUGUUCCAUGAAUAUAUUUAGUAAAUUUCUUACUGUAAAUAUAUCAAAACUUCAUUUUUGAUUAGAUAUUGUCCGAUCCUAAUGGAAAGAUUAUUUAUUCAGAUUUCAGAUGAUGCAUAAACCUCAAGUUAAAAAAUUGACCCUUAUGACUGGUUUUGUGAUCCAGGGUCACAUAUAUGUGUGUGUACUGUACACAUAUAUACAUACAGUGUAUAUUUAGAAAAUUUUUACAUGUAUAUAUUUAUAUUCAUAUAAUUUAUAUUAUAUAUAAAUAUAUUUAAUAUAUAAACAUAACAUAUUUUUCUUAAAUAUAUACAUGCAUGCGUGUGUAUUUAUAUAUACACAUAAUAAAUAUACACAGUACACACAUAUAUUAUGUAAACAAAAGCUUUUAUUUUGAAUGCGAUUAAUCGCG